AGACAGCUGAGCGGCUCUUCUGGAUUUCGCUGACACUGCGCCUGGUCCCGCCUGGGUUCUUCUGAGCAGGAUGGACACUCUGGAGUCAGAGCUGACCUGCCCAAUCUGCCUGGAGCUCUUUGAAGACCCGCUGCUUCUCCCCUGUGCACACAGCCUGUGCUUUGGCUGUGCCCACCGUAUUCUGGUUUCCCACUGCGCCACCAACGAGUCCGUUCAGAGCAUCAGCGCUUUCCAGUGCCCCACUUGUAGAUAUGUCAUUUCCCUGAGUCCGGAGCGUGGACUAGAAGGACUUAAGAGAAACGUGACCUUACAGAACAUCAUCGAUCGGGUCCAGCAGGCCUCGUCCUCGGCCGGACUCCCUCUGCCGCUGCCCGCCCCACACAGCGGGCCGAACUCUCCCGGAGAGGAAGGCAUCAACCGGCUGGCCCUGGUCCCCCUCAGCGCCGCCAUGUCCAGUCCCGACAGCCCUCCGGAGCCGGUCCAGUGCCAGUUCUGUGAGCAGGACCCGCCGCAGGACGCCGUUAAGACGUGCGUGACGUGCGAGGUGUCGUACUGCGAGGAGUGCCUCAAAGCCACGCACCCCAACAAGAAGCCGUUCACCGGGCACCGGCUCAUUGAGCCAAUGCCUGACUCCCACCUCAGAGGGCUCCAGUGCCUGGAGCACGAGGAGGAGAAGGUCAACAUGUACUGUGUCAGUGACGAUCAGUUGAUUUGCUCGCUGUGUAAACUGGUUGGGAGACACAGGGACCACCAAGUGGCAGCACUGAGUGACCGCUAUGAAAAACUUAAGCAAGCCCUGGACUCCAACCUAAGUAAUCUGAUCAAGAGAAACAACGAGCUGGAGUCAUUGAUGGGGAAACUGAUUCAGACGUGCCAGCAUGUGGAGGUGAAUGCGUCUCGCCAGGAGGGAAAGCUGUUGGAGGAGUGUGAUCUCCUGAUUGACAUCAUUCAGCAGAGGAGGCAGAUCAUUGGCAACAAAAUUAAGGAGGGGAAGGCUCAAAGGCUUAGAAAGCUCGCCCAACAGAUUUCCAAUUGCAAGCAGUGCAUCGAGAGGUCCUCCGCCCUCAUCACACAGGCUGACCAGACACUGAAAGAAACGGAUCACGCUCGCUUCCUGCAGACAGCCAAAAGCAUUAAUGAGAGGGUUUCCAUGGCGACUGCCUCGACCCAAGUUCUGAUCCCUGAGAUACAUCUCACCGACACGUUUGACACCUUUGCCCUGGACUUCACCAGAGAGAAGAAGUUGCUGGAAAAUCUGGAUUACCUCACUGCUCCAAGUGCUCCAUGCAUAAGGGAGGAGUUGUGCACAGCCUCCUAUGACACCAUCAGUGUCCACUGGACGUCUGAUGAUGAAUUCACAGUUGUGUCCUAUGAGCUACAGUAUGCCAUCUUCACUGGACAGUCCAACAUUGCGAGUCUGUGUAACUCACUGGAAAGUUGGAUGAUUGUUCCAAACAUCAAGCAGAACCACUACACAGUCCAUGGUCUGCAGAGUGGUACAAAAUAUAUUUUUGUGGUCAAGGCUAUAAACCAAGCAGGGAGCAGGAGCAGUGAACCAGGAACUCUGAAGACCAACAGUCAGCCUUUCAAGCUGGACCCCAAAACUGCCCACAAGAAGCUGAAGGUGUCACAUGACAACCUCACGGUGGAGCGCGAUGAAACCACAUCGAAGAAAGGCCACAGCCAAGAGCGCUUCUCCAGCCAGAGCAGCUACGGAGUGGUGGGAAAUGUCUACAUCGAUAGUGGACGCCACUACUGGGAGGCUCUCAUUGGAGGCAGUACAUGGUACGCUAUUGGCAUUGCCUACAAGUCAGCACCGAAGCACGAGUGGAUUGGCAAGAACUCCGCCUCUUGGGUGCUUUGCCGCUGCAACAACUCGUGGGUGGUUCGCCAUAACAGCAAGGAGCUGGCCAUUGAGCCUUCGCCCCACCUGCGGCGCGUGGGGGUCCUGCUGGACUACGAUGCCGGGUACCUGACCUUCUACGACGCUGUGGGCUCCCAGCACCUUCACACCUUCCACGUCUCUUUUGUCCAACCGGUUUGUCCUGUGUUCAAUGUGUGGAACAAGUGUCUGACUAUUCUUACUGGUUUGCCCAUCCCAGACCAUUUAGAUCAACUGGAACCGGAAAAUUGAGGGUGACAGAGAACAAGAAUCAGAGAGAAUUAAUUUCUAGAUUUAAAGCAGCACUGGCCUGGAGUUCAUUUUUGUAGGCAGAGGGGAAAUUCCUCCUCCUCUGCAAUUACCCAAAAUAAAUUCAACUUUACAAAACAAUGAAGAGAUAUCAAUGCUUUUGCUAACUUGGUCAUACAUUUACCAUCACUAAAGAGGAAAAAUUAGCAUUUCAUCAAAUUGUUGAGUUGCCAAGUGGAGCUUCAAGGGAGAGAUGCCUGGAGUAUUAAUUUAAGCAUCACAAAGUUCUUUAUCACUUUGCGUUGAUUACCUUAAACAGACAUAACGGUGUAAAAUGUUGCUUUAGACUAAAAGGCUUAAUGAAAACAGUUCUUAUGGAAGACUACAAAAACUGUAAGCCAUUUUGGACCCACAGUUAGUGUUAGACAAAAAAGAAAAUCCAAGUAUCAAGCACAACUUGGUUCAGGAGGGGAUAUUCGAUGUAAACAAAGCCACAAAUUGAUUUCUAAUUUAUCUUUAUAUAUAUAUAUAUAUAAUUUUUUCAGUAAGAGCACUUUGAAAGUUCUUUGAAAAACUUGCAAUGUGUACAAACAAGAACAUGUACGCUGUAAUCAAUCACGAUUGCUGGGAAGAGCAGAACAACAGAUGUAUAUUUUGUAGAUUGAUUGCAGCCCUCAGCUCCCUCAUCUUUUACCUUGUGCAUUAAAAAGGAACCAAAGUAGUCGUGGCUGUCUCUUAAGAAAAAUAUCUAUGGUAUUAAAUGCAGAACUAUUUUUAAAAAGAGACAAAGGAAAUUAGGAGGUAAAAGUUUGCUUAUUUUAAAUGCAAGAUUCCCUUAAACCCAUACCUUGCUUUUGCACAUUGUUACACUUUGUUCAUGGAUAUUUUUGUAGCAUCAAAAAUCAAAUUAAUUUUUCGUGCAAUUUACAUUCAUACUGGAAAAGUGUUGUUUGUUUUGUUCUGUCACCACAUGAUCAUGGUAUAUAAUUUGUUUUUAAAAAUGUAAACCCAAGUCAAUCUAAGAUAAUAGGCAAAAUGCAGUGUUAACAUGUCAGUUUUCUACUUCUCCUGCAACUGCACUUCACUUUGAUAAAAUAGCAUGCACAUGGGGCAGUCCUCAGGUUUGCAGCACAAUUAUGAUGUCAAUAGCACCUCAUUCUUCACUUUUGUCCACGGCGGAAAUUUAGUUGAAAAGGAGCUCAAUUUGACUAAAGAGAGACAAGAGCCAGAGUGAGAUUCAGUCAUUUACACUGUCAGGAGAAUACCUUUGGCAUCAAAACUGAUCAAAUCAACACUGUUAAAUGUGUACUCAUGCACUCAAUUAGGCUAAUAUGUGAUGUAAUGUGUAACAGUGGCAUAAUUUAGUGUAAAUAUUUAGGAUUUGGUUUUAUUUCUAAUUGUCAUCAGAUUUGCAAACCCUUUCAUUAAAUAGUAUAAAGGACAAACUGACUGUUCUUUGUUUCUUUGUUUUGUUGGUAACUCAUUGAACUAUGUUCCACUGUAGCUUAAUUAAAUGUUUCAAUUUAAACACAAUGACCACUAUGGGGUUAUUUUGUCUCACUGCGUACUUUUAAGAAAAGCCAGACAUCACUGCUGUUUCAGAUAGGUCUGUGAGACUAAACUUUUUUCUUCUGACUUUAGUUUUAAUGUUUUUUAUGUAUAUUUGAGAGCAUUGAAAUGAAAGAUCAUUAAAAGAGUAGGGGGUUGAAAUACAUGGUGUCAUUUAAGUCUUUAUACAGCCAGAGACAUAUUCAGAGACAUUCUUUCUUUCCACAUCUAAUUGUAACAGUAUCUACACGUGGCAGUAUUUGUACUUUUCCCUCUAUGUUGAGAAUCAUUCAGUCAGGGAACACCUCAACUAUUCAUGUUCAGCCUGGCUUCUGAAUUUCCUGCGGAAGGGGAAGUUUAUCAUGUCUAGUUUAUCAUGGGAAC